AUGCGGAUGCGCUUUGGAGGACGCCCACGACGACGUUGUGAGCGCAUUGACACCAGCCAACUGACAAAGCCAGCUGUUCUGAAUGCGUAUCGAAGUACGCUGACAUGCGAGUUGAGUACUCGCUCACUGGAGACAAUUGAUGGUCACUGGUCACAUGUUCGCCAGACCUUACUAGCAGCGGGCAAAUCCUCAUGUGGUAUGUCUAAAAGCCCACAUGGAUAUUGGGUCUCUUCUCGGUCUCUGGAACUUAUCGACGCUCGCCGGCAUAUCCCGGCUGGAAGCGAACACAAUGAAACUCGCAAAGAGCUCCGGGCAAAACUCCGUGCUAGCCUGAAGAGAGACCGCGAAUCUUGGUGA